AUGACUGAAGUUGUAAAGGAGGAGCCUCGCCCAAUAGAAACGGCGGUAAAUUUUGGACCAAAUCCAAUAGUUCUAACGUGUCCUAAUUGUGGUCAAACUGUUCAAACUAUAUGCAUUAGCAAAAAUGGUCUCUGUGUGUACUUAUCAUGCGUUGGUCUUGCAUUAGUUGGUUGCGUGCUGGGAUGCUGUUUAAUACCCUUCUGCGUUGGAGCUUUCAAAGAUGUCGAUCAUGUAUGCCCUAAUUGCAAAUACAAUUUGGGUUACUACAAGAAACUGGGAUAA